AUGAGACUUCUCAACACAUCUACCCUCGAGGUUGAGGAAUUCUUCGGUAGCGCCAUUCCCGAAUACGCCAUCCUUUCCCACCGCUGGCUUGAUGACGAGGUCUCCUUUCAGGACCUGCAGUCCGGCCACGCCGCCUCCAAGGCCGGCUACGCCAAGAUUCGGAAUUGCUGCGCGCAAGCCGUCCGGGAUGGCCUCGCCUUUGCCUGGGUCGAUACCUGCUGCAUUGACAAGACCUCGUCGGCCGAGCUCAACGAGGCCAUCAACUCCAUGUACGCCUGGUACCGCGACGCGGCGCUCUGCUAUGCCUUUCUCUCCGAUGUGCCCGCCACCGUGUCCGACGACGAUGCCGGCGCCUUUGACCGUAGCGCCUGGUUCACCCGCGGCUGGACCCUGCAGGAGCUGCUCGCCCCCGCCCACGUCGUCUUCUACGACUCCGCCUGGCAGCCGCUCGGCAGCCGCGAUGAGGCGCCGCUCACUGAGCGCAUCGCAGCCGUCACGCGCAUUGACGCCGCCGUGCUUCGCGGCGACGUUGCCCUCACUGAUCGCAGCGUCGCGCAGCGCAUGGCAUGGGCGGCCGACCGCACCACCACGCGCCUCGAGGACCGCGCCUACAGCCUCCUCGGCCUGUUUGGCGUCAACAUGCCCAUGCUCUACGGAGAAGGGGGCGCGCGCGCCUUUCGCCGCCUGCAGGAGGAGAUUAUGAAGGUCUCGGACGACCAGUCACUGUUUGCGUGGAGCGCCAGUGUCGACGAGGAGCAAGAACUGACGGGCCUGCUGGCGCGCUCGCCGGCCGACUUUGCAGGCUGCGCUGACCUCGUUGAGCCGCGCCAGCGCUGGAACCACCAGCCGUACAGCAUGACGAACCGCGGCCUCUCGCUCGAGAUGCCCGUGGUGCCGUGGGGCCCGGAGACGUUUCUGGCAGCGCUCGACUGCGAGAAUGCAGGUCAACAGGACAGCCGCGUCGGCAUCUACCUGCGCAUGCUGUCGGAACAAGGACAGUACGCGCGUGUGCGGUUCAGCGACGAUGGCGGCGAGAGCAAAGCGCUGCAGGUCUUUGCGCAGGGUCUGGCGCCGACAGUCAAGUACCGCAAAAUAUACGUCCGCCAGCCGGGCACAGAGCCGGCGCGGAUCCGGACGAAGCGAGCAGCCCCAGGCGCUACUGCCGCUUCCUCCUCUUCGGCAGCCAACGACACUACGUGCACCAUUGCCCAGCACCCGAGUGUUAACCCGGCCGCCGCCGUCGCUCCGACGCCCGUGUACGGCUUCCACAUCCGCACGCUGCCCAUCCGCGUUAUCACCGUCCCGGAUCCUACUGACCCAGACUAUCCCCUGUCCGAGGUGUAUCUGGCGCCUGGCGGCCGGGCAUGGGAUGACGCCGCGCGCAUCGUGACGCUGCCAGCCGGCGCCGGCGGCACCGUGGCGGCGCUGUGGCUGCGUACCCCGAAGCGCAGCUACGCGCUCAAGGUCGGCUUUGACGCCGACUUCAACCCGGUGGCGCAGUACGGCGGCAUGCUGUCGAGCCCCGGCGCGCGGCCCCCGAUCCCGCCCAACUCGAUCGAGGCCAUACUGCACCCGUCGUGGAUGACGGUGCCGCGGAGUGACUACCUGUUUCGCGGGGACCGGCUGCGCGGGGGAUUGCGCAUGGAGGAUUACCCGUGGCGGGUGAGAAUGCAGUACGAGCUGGUGGGGGAUGAGCAGAUGUGGGUGCUGGAUAUCGAAGAUGUGUAG